AUGGUGUUCAACAUGUCUGUAAAGAAACUGCUGUGUCUAGGUUUAGAGGCUAGGGGGCAGUAUUUUCACUUUUGGAUGAAAGGCAUGCCCAGAGUAAACGGCCUCCUGCUCUUUCCCAGAUGGGAAUAUAUGCAUAGUAUUAUUACUGGUGGAUAGAAAACACUAUGAAUGUUCUAAAACUGUUUGAAUUAUGUCUGAGUAUAACAUAACUCAUAUGGCAGACAACCUGAGAAGAAAUCCAAACAGGAAGUGAGAACUAAUAUAGAAAACAGUGCCAUUGGAUGUCCAUAUUAGAAAUGGAUGAGCAUGCACUUCCUAGGGCUUCCACAAGAUGUCACUGUCUAGAUUCUGGUUGUAUGAUUCUCCUAUGAAGGAGGGGCUCAUAAUAGCUCUUUUGGUGGGUGGUCUGGUAGAAAGCCUCGGUCUCGUGCGCGGUCAGGAGUGUACUUGCGUUCCAAUGCUUUUCAUCAGUGAUUAAUGUUUAAAACAUCCUAAAUAUGGAUUGCAUACAUCAUUUGACUUGUUUCUACGACCUGUAAUGGAACUUUUUGAGUUUUUGUCUGGAGGAAUUGUUCGUGCUUUUUGAGGAUUGAAUGCUGGGCUGAACAAGCUAACAACAAGUGGCUAAAUGGUGGGCUUUAUAGAACUUUAUGGAACAAAUCAGUCAUUUAUUGUCGAACUGGGAUUCCUGGAACUGCCUUCUGAUGAAGAUAUUCAUGGUCGUGGAGGGGAGUCUCUGAAGCUCAUCACCAGGACAACAGGAGCAAGAGUCCUAUGUCCCAGGGAGAGGGGGCGGGGCCUAGAGAAGGGCAUGGUGUCUGUCACAGGGACGAGACUGGAGGUCAGACGGGCCAAGGAGCUCAUCCUAGAGAAGGUAUUUGAGGAUGAGGCUGUAAGGAGGAGGAUUACCCAGUCCUCGGCCCUGCGCCAGAAACGAAGACCCUUUGAGCCCCAGGGUCAAAGGUCUGAGGAACUGAAGCUGGAGGAGGCUCCACAGUCUCUCUGGAUGGAGGAAGGGGGGCUGGUCCAUGCUAACGGUGUCCAGACCGCAGUGAGAGACCUUGCCCAGGAUAGAGGAGAGACCGUACAGCUGGCUACAGAGGCACGAGAUGAGGACGAUCUUCUGUCGCCUGACUCCCUAUCAGAUGUUUCUAAAUUUGAAAUUCCCAGCCCAGACCUGAGCUUCCAGCCAGAUGAGCACCUGGAGGUGUAUGUAUCGGCGUCAGAGAACCCCCACCACUUCUGGAUCCAGAUCCUGGGGGUCCGCUCCCUCCAGCUGGACAAACUUACUGCCGAGAUGAGCCGCUUCUACAGCAACGGCACCCUGCAGGAGCAGCGAGUGGAGACCAUCGUGGUGGGGGACAUCGUGGCAGCUCCGUACCGGGACUACGGCACCUGGAACAGGGCGAGGGUCCUGGGGGUGAUGGGCUCUGGCCUGGUGGACCUCUACUAUGUCGACUUCGGAGACAAUGGAGAACUACCCAGGGAUAGUCUGCGGAGUAUGAGAAGUGACUUUCUCAGCCUACCAUUCCAGGCCAUCGAGUGCAGCCUAGCUGGAGUCAACCCUACAGGUGAGGUGUGGAGCGACCAAGCCCUGGAUGACUUUGAGCGCCUGACGUAUGUUGCGGAGUGGAGACCCCUGCUGGCCAAACUGUGCAGCUACACCCACUCUGAGGUCUCCUCUUGGCCAAGUGUACAGCUCUACGACAACACCGAGGGCAAGGCUGUAGAUCUAGGAGAGGAGAUGGUGAGUCUGGGCCAUGCUGUACCUAGCCAGGAUAAUGGGAACGGGGGUGGCGACAGGGACGACCCUGGAACACUACAGAGGAUGCUGGAUGAUGUGACUGGAGCCACGUCGGAGCUAAGCCUGUCCUGCAUCAGCUUAUCAGUUACAGGCCAUCAGAAUGAGGAGUGGGUGUUAAAGCUGGCCACACCGUCAUUCUCAGGCUCUCUGAGCCCUCUGGAGCUACAGCGUGCUGAUGUUGACAGCCCCUCUGGGUUUGGCUUUGGGCUGACCCACUCUACCCCGGCCCAGCAAGCCCUGGUGGACCUGGUUUCCCACAUCUUGGAGUCCCCCAGCCCCUCUGAACACCCCCUCUCCCCAGACCACCAGGUCCCGGACGAGCGCUGUUACACACUCAACCGAACCACCAACCUCUACAGCUUCUCAGUGCCCCAGCUGCAACUCACACACACACUUCCUCUGUCCUCCUGUACCUCUUCGUCUACUUCCUCGUCGCCUCUGGAGGUCGUGACCUCUGUGUUGGGUUCGGUCAUGCUGAGUGACAACGUCUUCCUGGAGGGCUCCAGUUAUGACGGGGAUGAGGAAUGUGGCGUAACCUCGUCUUCCGGAGAAGUGGAGACAACUGGGGGAAACUCAACUUGGUGGUCGACUAGAGGUGACAGUCUGGAGGAGGAAGUGGACGAGGAGCAGAACAGUGAGGGGGCCAUCGACAUCGGUUCCACUCCUACCUUCCCCACACAGAGGCACUUGUGGCUGGAAGAGGGCAGGCAUGGGGGUGGUGAAGAUAGCACUGAAAGUCCUAGUGUGGUUGUAGUUGGCAGCAGCAGUAGUAGUUUCAGUAGCAGUGGGAGUGAUAUUAUCUAUAUGGGGUCAGUGGCGCCUGCUUGGGAGAAGGGUCAGGCUGUGUCCUGCCCUAAUGUUGAUGGUGGCAACCCACAGAGGAAGAGGAAAGCAACAAGAUUACCGUUCCACCUCUCUGAGGCAAUGGACAUGAAUGCCCUGGAAAGCCAAGAUGGAAUGGAUGAGAAGACUGAGGAACAGAGAAACCGACUGGACGAACACGAGAGGGAGGAAGUGAAGAGUCCACUUGGGAAGGAGGCAGGAUCUGAACACAGGAACGAACCUUCAGCGGGAUUUCAUUCACCAGAGGAGGUUGGGACGGAGAGUGGAAGAUUGGGUAUUGCAGAGCGGCCACCGCAUCAGAGUGGUCUGCAAACCUCCGAGCAACUCAACAAGGAGCCCAAUUGCACUGAAGCAAAUGACAGGAGAGCGAGCCCUCAGGAAUUAUGACCUAUGAAGGAGUCUAUCCCAAACAGAGAAGUGGCCUCAAUCUCAGGAAGCGUUGAUGAUGUUCUAGAGGACGAGUUCGUCUGAGACCAAAGACAGACUUGUCAA